AUGAAGGCUUUCAAGAAAAACGCGGGCAUCUACUUGCGAAAAGGCCGGGAGAAAUUCACCAAUCUUUUGAGUGCGCGCAAUGCCGAAUCGAAUAUAUUCUACGAUCUGAGGAACCACCGAGAAUUGGACAUGGCUCGUAAGGUUCUAGACGCCUUCGUGAAAGAGAACCAGACAAGCGAUACCACGAUUUCACCCGCCCAGCGCUUCGUCAAGGACCAGGCUGUGGGUUUCGCGAAAUAUGUUCUGCAAGAAAUCGUGAAUGAGCACUUAACAGCGAAUAUACUCCGUGAAGGAAUCGAGAAUUUGUAUUUCCUCGGCCAUUAUUGGAAGUGCACUGAGGAAAUCGUGGCCAAGUGCUUAGGCUCGGACCUGUGUUACAUCGUAGACGGAUUGGGACCUUUGAUCGAAAUCGCGGAGCAACUCAGCCGACUUCCGUCGACCGAUUGGAUCGCUGUCUGUUUGUCGAUACGAGCCGAACUCAUCGCACCUUGCGGGGAAGUUGUCGAGCAAGCCUGCAUUCCUUCGAUAAAAUAUUUCUACUUCGAGAGAUUGCUCGGUGCCGGGGGUUUCGGCGCCGUGUACAAAGCUUUCGUGGGUGAAGCUGUGUGCUCGGUGAAAAUUGUGCCGAAAUCGAUGCUGCCAGACAUCGAGCAUGCCGUAGCCGACAAAGAAGUCGCUACAAUGGUCAACCAUCCGUGCCUGGUUCACUAUCACGCGACUUUCGCCACCGCAGAGGCUUUUGUGACGGUUAUGGAAUACAUCCGAGGAGUCGACGUCAUCCGAUUAGUUCACUUGAGUACUCGCUUGUCUGAGACCCUUGUUCGUCUGAUCCUGGCUCAGUUGGGCCUGGCCUUGUACCACUUGCACUACAAAGGCUUCGUGCACCGAGAUGUGAAGCCAGCGAAUAUGAUGAUCAUGGUCGGUUGUCGGGUCAAACUGAUAGACUUCGACACCGCGAAGGUGUGCAUUGGAAAAUAUGCGAAGCGCACGCUGACUACGUUUUUCGAUCGAACGGCAAGCGAAUUCAACGAUGGGGAAAUCGCCGGGACCAUUUACUACAUGGCUCCCGAAAUGUUGAAGAGUCUCGAUUACGGCAGAGCAGUAGAUUGGUGGUCGUUCGGAGUGACAGCCUACGUUCUCUCGAUGGGCAAGCUUCCAUUCUCGUUGAAGCCUUCAAUGAGUUUCGACGAACAAAAAUCCAUUCUCUGCAAGAUGUCGCACUCUUGGCCCAAAGGACUCCAAAUUUCAAAACAUUUCAAGUCUCUUGUCAAGCAAUGUCUCCAAAAAGAAUCGUCCGUGCGAUUCUGUUCGAGACAUUACUCCGACUUCCCGAAGCACCCAUUCUUCUGUGAGCUCGAUCUUCGGUGGGUGGAGACAAGUCCCGAAGUACUCAAAUUCGAUCCCAUAAAUUCAGUUGCCUUGGGAACAUUGACCUACGAUAUAUUGCCGCACAAUGACAGCCCCUGCGCUACGCCCACUGCGGAGAAGAAGUGUCAGACUCUGUUCCCGACGCCCGGUUUGACGGACACACAGGAGCAAGUGAAACUUUUCACGUAUCUUGCGCCUGGCUUUAAGAGAGCGUGUCAAAUGAUCCAGCGAGGUGAACUCCCGACUAGCGAAGUUAUACGGAUCACGCCUGAACUUGUAGAUUUCCAUGAAUCCGGCAACACAUUUUUCUUCACAUCUUUCACAGACAGUAAGAGUACUUAG